GUCAUUGCUCCUCCGGUUCAAAGCGAAGCAACUGCUGAGCAUCCCCGUUUAGCUAGCUGCUCUGAUAUUUGUUUGACAUUUAAAGUAUUUUUUAACAAUGGAGGGUUCUGUAUCAAACGUGGAGGUCUGUAAUUUUGCUUACACGGGACAGUUUGAGAAAUUAAAAGAGUGCAUUCUGUCAGAUAAAACACUCGCCUGCAAAACGGACCAGGACUGUAGAAGCGCCCUGCACUGGGCUUGUUCUGCUGGACACACCGACAUUGUGGAGUUUCUGCUCGACCUGGGAGUUGAAGUGAAUCUGCCAGACGAUGCUCUGUGGACCCCCCUUCACAUCGCGGCGUCUGCAGGCAGAGAGGACAUCGUGAGGUCUCUGAUCGCCAAAGGAGCUCAGCUGAACUCAGUCAAUCAAAAUGGAUGCACCGCUCUGCACUACGCCGCCUCCAAAGACCGAUACGAGAUCGCCCUGCUGUUGUUGGAAAGCGGAGCAGACCCCAAUGUCACUGACAAGUAUCAGUCCACUCCCCUCCACAGAGCGUCUGCCAAGGGCAACCACCGCCUCAUCCAGCUGCUUCUCAAGCAGAGCGCCUCCACCAACAUCCAGGACUCACAGGGCAACACUGCGCUCCACCUUGCAUGCGAUGAGGAGCGUGUGGAAGCAGCCAAGGUGUUGGUGGAACAUGGGGCCAGCAUCUACAUUGAGAACAAGGAGGAGAAGACACCCCUCCAGGUAGCCAAGGGCGGUCUGGGCAACAUACUUCGUCGGAUUGUGGAGGGAUGAUUCAUUGACUGAUCUACGGGGGAAGCUCCAUCUCCAAUCCCCACCAAGUUACAUAAUAAGAAUUCUCAUCCCAGUGUGGUGUGACACAUUCAGAUGUGGAACAGGUGGAAGAUGAGAGUGUGUCCGGGAGAAAAGUUGGACAGUCCUGCAUUAUUAUCAGCUCCUCAGAUGGGGCAGUGAAACUGCUCAGAUGUUAGAUGGCUGGUCAAAAACGCUCUUGUGCACUAAGUGCGGUCUCUUUAACACGGCAGUCUAUUUUCUUAUGAUCUAUUCCUUUUUAUGUUUGAAUUGUUGCAAAAAUGACCAAAUAAAAAUCAGUGUUCAGCUUGUUA